UGUGGCAAUCCGGUUUGACUAGUUCCAACAAUUGAGCUUUAAUAUUGCAUUACAUUUGACCGCAGAACGCAGUUCCACAAGCAAAAAGUUGCAGCCUAGUUUGAAUACAAAAUACUUUGCCUUUCUAAUCUCAGAAGUGUAGACCCAGUGUUUUAUAUAUUUCUUAUCAGCAAUGUACAAUCCGAAGAGCAAAAACCUUGACAUCGAAUACUUCCCGAGCUAUCAUACCACACGGUUUCAAGACCAACCGGAGCCGAAUGUUGCCGUUCUGGAGCACUUUAUCCGGCUAACCAAGCAACAUGAAAGGGACUUAACCACGAAGCAAGGCAUCAGUGUGGACCACAUGCGCUAUGGAGGAGGUCGUCGGCUGGUGGAUGUGUUCUACAACGAAAAGACGCCCAAUCAGGCGCCGCUCUUCGUCUUCGUCCACGGCGGCUACUGGCAGGAAUUGGACUUGAGCACGUCCUGCUCCAUCGUGGGUCCUCUGGUGCGGCGUGGCUACCGCGUGGCCGUCAUGGACUACAACCUGUGCCCAUCCGUCAGCCUGGAGACGCUGAUAAAGCAGUUCACCGACUUCCUCAACUGGAUCUUUGACUACGCCGAAAUGACCAAUGUGCUGGAGAUCACCUUUGCCGGUCAUUCGGCCGGUGCCCACUUGCUGGCCCAGAUCCUGAAGCACCAAGACAUGAUCAACCCGCAGAGGAGCAAGAUGGUCUGGGCCUUGGUCUUCCUCUGCGGCGUUUACGAUCUGCGGGAGCUGUACACCAUCGAAUCGGUGAAUCCGAACAAUAUUCUGGGACUCAACCAGCGGAAUGUGGAGGCCGUGUCGCCCAUGCUGUGGGAGUACACCGAUGUGUCCAUUUGGAGCUCCACCAAGAUCUACGUGGUGGCCGCUGAGCACGACAGUACCACGUUCAUCGAGCAGAGUCGCCGCUUUUCAGACGUGCUAAAAAGGAGCGGAUUCAAGUCCAGCUUUAAGAUCUUUCAAAAGUACGACCACUUCGAUAUUAUCGAAGAGACGGCCAUCGACGAAUCGGACAUAUCCAAGUUCCUGCGGAACAUCCGAAUUGAAUAAACUAUACGCAUCCACGAUUUCAGUUAUCUUUUCUCACCAUUCUGUUUAUUUUGUACAACUAACUUAGACUAGUAGUAUUCCAUAUGUACACUAGAGCGUAUUUUUGUGGCUUGCACCCGGAGGGUACGGACUUUGUAAUAAAUUAGCGUGGCGGGGUUUGUAUGGAUGAUUCGAUUACCGAAAAAUGUUAGGGGCAACAGUAAUGUUUAAACAACGUAAGCAAUGAUAAUUUGUGAACGCAAUAAGGGAAUAAACCAAGCAAUUUUGUUUGUACAAUUAUUUCUAAAA